GCUGCCCACGGCGAUCUGGCAACGCCAUUACUUUGUUAUUAUCUCAUUUUUCUGCUGCGCAUUUCGUCUUUGUCCGAAUUUUUUGAAGAAAACCAAACAAUUUAUCGCUUCGCCAAGAACACGACAAGUAGUUUAAACCCCACGAAUUAAACUAUUUUAUUGAAGUUAAUGUAAUUGCUUAUAAAUAAACUAAAGCAUAAAGAGCAGAACGAGAGCAAACAGUUGAAAACAGAAAGUGCUGAAAUAAUAACACCAAAUACAAUUGACCAUCAAUUGCGCAUAUAUAAUUGUUUAAAUAUAUUCGCAAAGUGAGCUGAUUUCACAUAUCAAGGUGAAAAUGCUAGAUCUGGAGAUCGCGCCGGAGAUUUCCCUGGGCUGCGAUGUCUGGGAAUUUGUUCUCGGCAUGCACUUCUCGCAGGCCAUUGCCAUCAUCCAGUCGCAGGUGGGCAUCAUCAAGGGAGUCCAGGUGCUGUACUCGGAUACCAAUCCCCUGGGCGUGGACAUCAUUAUCAACCUGCCCCAGGACGGCGUUCGUUUGAUCUUUGAUCCCGUCAAUCAGCGCUUGAAGACCAUCGAGGUUUUCAACAUGAAACUGGUGAAACUGCGGUAUUGCGGCGUCUACUUUAACUCCCCGGAGGUGCUGCCGAGUAUCGAGCAAAUCGAGCACUCCUUUGGAGCUACACAUCCUGGGGUUUACGAUGCAGCCAAACAGUUGUUUGCCCUCCAUUUCCGUGGGCUAAGCUUCUACUUUCCCGUGGACAGCAAGCUGCACUCGGGCUAUGCCCAUGGACUGGGUUCUCUGGUUUUCCUGAACGGCGCCUCACCCGUCGUAUCCAAGAUGUCACUUUACGCAGGCAGUAAUGUAUCAGAGAACAGAGCACCACCCCUACCCUUGGCCUGCUAUCACCGCCAGAUGUAUUUGGAAUCGGCCACUGUUCUCCGAACCUCCUUUGGUCACACGAAGGGUUUGAAGCUGAAGCUCUUUACUGAGGGUUCGGGAAGAGCUUUGGAGCCACGCCGCCAGUGCUUCACGCGAGAGCUGCUCUUCGGCGAUAGCUGCGAGGAUGUGGCCACCAGUCUAGGAGCACCCAAUCGUAUAUUCUUCAAGAGCGAGGACAAAAUGAAGAUACACAGUUCGAGUGUCAAUCGACAAGCGCAGAGCAAGCGGAGCGACAUUUUCUUCAACUACUUCACACUUGGAAUCGAUGUGCUCUUUGAUGCACGAACGCAGACCUGCAAGAAGUUCAUUCUGCACACCAACUAUCCUGGGCACUUUAACUUUAACAUGUACCAUCGCUGCGAGUUCCAGUUCCUGCUGCAGGCGGAUCAUCCUUCAAUGAGCGAUAGUGGGCACGAUCUGGUGACGCCGACUAAGCAAGAACAUGUGAACAUAAGCGCCUACACCAAAUGGGACGCGAUCAGCAGCGCAUUAGCCACCUCAGAGCGGCCAGUGGUGCUUCAUCGCGCCAGUUCGACGAACACGGCGAAUCCGUUCGGCUCCACCUUCUGCUAUGGCUACCAAGACCUAAUCUUCGAGGUGAUGCCCAACAGCCACAUCGCCUCGGUAACGCUCUACAAUACUGCGCCACCCAGGCAGCCAGCGCAUUCCUGGCAGCAGCACAAAAUGCAAGACAUUCUCCUCACAGUGGCCUAGACCUGUGGGAUUUACUGGGCUCCUUUCGCUGCUCCAUGAUGCUGAACAAGGGAACGCCCGCCUGUCGUGCUCUAAUCUUUAAGCUGCAACAUUGAUCUAACAUAGCCGUAAAGUAGACACAUACAUUAUAUAGUAAUAUAUAUAUAUAUACAUGGUACACGUAGAUUUCCAAUGUAAGCUAAGCCAAUCAUCGGACGAACUUUCUGACCAGGUUCAUUCUGCGUUAUUCCAUUGCGAUAGCUCGAUUCGAUUUGUUUCGACCCAUAACUGACAAUUAAUAAGCCUAUUACUUUUAAAAAAUGCAUGUCGUUAAUAUAUUUCAGUACCUUAAGCUCCAAUCGUGUAUCUCUCUUUGAAAAAGAAAAAAUCAACAAAAAAAUAUAUAAAUAUAAGGUUUCGAC